AAAUACAACUUCAAAGGAGGUUACCGAUGAAAAAAUAUGUCUUUUGAAAAUUGGGGAAAUAGUGUUGAUUAAUUCGUAACAAAGUGUAAUCAGGGCAGAGGAGUUUAAGCUGUGUUUAUUCUGAUGGUCAAAUGAGUGUACCGGAAGUGAUAUUUCUGUUUCCGGGUUGUGACUGCAUUUUGCGCAUAGCACAGUUAGCACAGUUGAAUUUUCCUCUUCAUUCUUUGACUCGUCAAUGUUUGUAAAAUGUCCGGAUUCUGGGAUCUUUCAGUAUUUCCUGUGGAGGUUCAUCAGCUUUCCGUGAGUAAAGUAGAGGUUUCCCCUGAGCUGCUGGAGAGGAGCUCCAGUCUGAACCAGGAGAUUACUGAGCCUCCACAUAUUAAAGAGGAACCAGAGGAAUUGUGGAGCAGUCAGGAGGGAGAGCAUCUUCAAGAGCCAGAGACGGCUGAUAUCAUCAAGUUCACUUUUGAUCCUGUCCCUGUGAAGAUUGAAAAAGAUGAGGAAAAACCUGAGUCCUCACAGCUUGAUCAACGACAAACUGAACAGAUGGAAAGAGAAGCUGAUGGAGACAACUGUGGAGGACCAAAAGAAGCCAGGUACUUUGAUCCAGAGAGAAUUUUACAACCAGAGAUUGAGGUCAAGACUGAAGACUCCUCUGAGGCUGAGACUGAUGACAGUGCUGAUUGGAGGGAGACAACAGAGCACCAGACGGGUUUAAAGUGGAGUACUGCGGGAGUUGUGCUGGACUGUUGUGGUGGAGAGGGAGCCGAGUUGAAAGAUGCCUCCCAGGUGCCUCCCUUUGGAGGUCUUCCAGGCACAUCCAGCUGGGUGGAGACCUCAGGGAAGACCCAGAAUGUGCUGGAGGGAUGGUCCUAG